GGGGGAGAGAGAGAGACACUCCGGCAGCGGACGGAGGAGGAGAGACAACUUCACCGGGGCUGAUCGCUGCGCACAGAGGCGGAGGAGGAGAGCUCGCUCCGGAGCGCAGCGUGCUGAAGCGGACUGUUGGAUGAGGCUUGACUGAAACUCUGCUGCUACAGAGAGAGAGAGAGAGAGAGAGAGAGAGAGAGAGAGAGAGAGAGAGAGAGAGAGAGAGAGAGAGCACAGGAAGAGGCGAGAGCUGCGCCAAGGAGGCUGAGCAGGAGGGGAGCGGACACCGGAGCGAAGCUGCUGAUGCUGAGGGGAAAGUUACCAAGUGUGGAGAUGUUCUGCUAAGUGACACUUUUACAGACUGACCGGACCCUUCAGAGCCACUUCUCUUUAACUGGAUGCUGUUUUCAAGCCAUCUCAGCGGGCUUUAAAAAAAAGAGAGAGAAUUUCCCCCCACACCCCUCAUCAUCCGGCUGGACCUGAUCCCGGUUCCACGGUGGACCAUAAUAAACAGCUUGGAGCAAAAAGAAGAAUAUUUUUCACGAGACAGAAAAAUGCCCUCACUAUACCUCAUCUUCUGCCUUCUGGUGACAGCAGCCACCCAAGCGGCCUACUUCUCCCAGCAGCCCCAGGACCAGGUGGUGGUGGCGGGUCAUUCGGUGACCCUCCCUUGCGUCAUUGUGGGCUACAGAGGAAUGGUACAGUGGACCAAAGAUGGUCUUGCCUUGGGUGGAGAGAGAGACCUACCAGGCUGGACGCGUUACUCCUUAAUGGGCGACCCGCUAUCAGGCGAGCACAGCUUGCUGAUCGAUUCAGCGGAGCUGGCGGAUGACGCGGUGUAUGAGUGUCAGGCUACGCAGGCGGGGCUCCGAUCCCACCGUGCCAAGCUCACUGUACUAGUUCCUCCCUCUGACCCCAUGGUGGAAGGUGGUCCAGUCGUACGUCUCAAGGCCCACACGCCGCACAACCUCACCUGCCGAGCCUCGGGAGCCAAACCUGCAGCUGAGAUCACCUGGUACCGAGAUGGAGAGGUCAUGGAGUCCGCAAUUUAUUCCAAGACGCCAAUGGAAGACGGGAAGAGGGAGGCAGCUGUCAGUAUGCUUCCCAUUGUUCCAGAAGACAGCGACUCCGGACGCACCUACACCUGCAGGGUCCUCAAUCCAGCUGCUCCCGCUGGACGACAGACAUCAGUCACAAUCAAUGUCCAGCACCCCCCUUCAGUGACGCUAUCAGUUCAACCUCAGACUGUGACCGAGGGGGCCAAGGUUCUCUUCAUCUGCUCUGCUUCAGCCAAUCCCGAGAUCACUGGUUACAGGUGGUCGAAAGGAGGAGUGCCCAUCUCGGAGGCGAACGGGGACAGCCUCGAGGUGACCGUGGACUACUCGUACUUCACCGACCCCGUCUCCUGCGAGGUGUCCAACUCUGUGGGCAGCACCAACGUCAGCACGCUGGUUGAUGUACAGUUUGGUCCUAGAUUGUUGUCGGAGCCUAAGCCGAUGACCGUAGACACCGGGAURGAUGCAGCCUUUACAUGCGCGUGGACUGGCAACCCUCCCCUGACCCUGGCCUGGACAAAGCAAGGCUCCAGCGUGGUGCUCAGUAAUGGUAACACCUUGCAGCUGAAGGCUGUUACCCAGGAGGAUGCUGGGACGUACACCUGCAAGGCCAUUGUUCCUCGGAUUGGAGUUGCAGAAAGAGAUGUCACUCUAACUGUGAAYGGUCCACCUAUCAUCACAGCAGAAGCCACGCAGCAUGCCGUCAAGCACUCCAAGGGCAAGCUGGAGUGUCGGGUGGGAAGCAGCCCCCCACCUGAGAAGAUUGUGUGGACUUUUGGAGACAUGAGUCUGUCCUCUGGGUCCUCCGGACGUUUCUCCGUGCAGACUGUGACCAGCGACCACGGGGUGUCGUCCUCCCUGGUGCUGUCCGAAACUCUGGCRCAGGAUUUCCAGAUGCGCUACAACUGCACGGCGUGGAACCGCUUCGGCACCGGCACCGCCCUGGUCACGCUGAAGGAGCAAGAAGCUGUGCCCAUUCUGGUAAUCGUGGGUGGGGCAGUGGGUGGGGGCUGUGUGCUGCUCAUCUGCGUCAUCACGCUGGUCUCCCUCUGCUGCAGGCACACAGGAAAAGGUGAGCUCAACGGUAAAAGGUGCACACGUCUUUCCAAGAGUGACAUCAGAGUUCAGAUCGUUCACAGCGAUCACAACGCCACGCGUGGCAACGACGACGAGGAAGACGUCAAAGAACCGAUGGCUCCCAACAGCAGCGAGUCUCCGGGGACAUCGCGCACAGAACACAGCGACCUCUUAGAGGAGGAGGAGGACGAAAGAUCGGACAUCAAGGAUCCAACCAAUGGGUACUACAAUGUCCGUGGCCACGAUGACCGUCACAUCCGCAACAGUGGGUUCUCAGAGUAUGUGCCCAACACUCGGCCGGUCUACACUCCRUCGCAGCUGCCCUCCCCCAGCCCCGUGUACGGACAGCAGGGCACGCAGCCUCGRAUCUACGAGUUCAACCACCGCUACGCCACCAACACGGUCAGCAGAUCCUCGUAUGAGCAGCAGCAAGCGGCCCAGCAGCAACCCGCGCAACCAGCCAGCAUAUACCCUACCGAUCCCCUCUACAGUGGCUCGGCGUACCUGCCCGCUACCUACGGCCGUGCCUUCACUAGCUACGUCAAGCCCGCGUCCUACGAGAAGGUGGACGCGUACGACCAAUCGGAYCAAGCCAGCAAAGUGUCCAGCUCGUCUCGCUUCUCUUACGCCUCCUCACAAGUGUCCUCCCAGCAGUCCGACUACGGCCGGCCCUCGCAACGCAUGCAAACUCAUGUCUGAUCCGAAAAAAACGUUAAAACAAAAAAUCAAAAAGGAAGCGUUACGCACUCUGCGCUCAGGCGUGGCUGAACUUACAUUAACAGAUUUUGUUUACCGACAGUCCUGCAAGGAUGGAUUUGAACAGAUUAUGCAGGAAGUUGGGAUUUUCUAGAACCGUCCUAUAAUGGAAGCUGGUUUUGGGAAAACUCCUGAAAUGGAAAAACCCAGCAGACUAGGCUUGACUCCCCAGCUCCGACCUGCAGAGAUGUUCUCCGAGUGCAACAGGGAGAAUUUGGGUGUCUUACAGAGCGAAGACGACCUUUUCUUCUGCAUUCCAGCGUUUACUUUAACACUCAAUGUGGGAAAAGAAUGACCUCUUAGUUACACUGAAAGAAAAUACCACAAGCUAAGAUGUAUUUGAGGAAAAGAGAAAAAAAACUACUCGAAGAGCCUUUUGUUGUCUUUCAUUUGGUGUCUUGUUGGCAUGCGAAAGGAAUUCUAAGCACAUUUGUGUCCGUCAUCAACAAAAAGACUGAGUUAUUCACCGAAAACUAUUCUGCACAAGAGGCUGGUUGCAUCGACCAACAAGUGCUGCAGGAACCUUACCGUACAAAGAGGAGGGAAAAACAUCAGAACUGAGCUGUAUUCACAGAGCAUCUUGUGAUAAUGAUCAGUGUGUGUUUUGGAUACAGAAGAGGUGCUUUCAAGUGGGUAAAAACAAAGGAGAAUGUGUUUUUCAGCCUUUGAUAAUUUUACAUCAUGCUGGACAGACGAAAUUAGGGCCAAGAGAUUCCAAAGAUGGUAACGACGGUGUGGGGAAGUGAAAAAAAAAAAGAGAGAAAACAACUGUUGUGCUACCCUGUGUGUUGUUUCCUGAUUGUAAAAUGAAAAUUUUUAACAGAACAAUCAAAUGUGGCAUCGUUGGGAGGGGUGGGAAGGGGAACCGUUGGCAAUCUUGAACUUAACGUAAACUUGAGGUGGGCGUUUGAGGCAGUUCUAAUGUGGACCAUGCACUCUCUAAAGUUUUACAACUCAAUCAAAUUGUCUCAAUGUUUACAAGAAACAGUACUACCCCCAAAAAAACACUGAGUACCUGUACAAAUGGCUAAGCCCAUAAAUUUCUCUCUGUUGCAUGCAAACGGUGUGUCUCGUGACAAAUUUUUCUCAGCGUUUUUUUCGUUCCAUCUCCGAUUUUGCAUUUGAGUUGUUGGGGGGUUUUUUGCAGCCCGAUCCAUUCCAUGAGCUGGAUAUUUUAGUACGGAUGACUUGUACUGCCAUUUGUCUAUUUCUACGAGCUAGUGCCAGGGCAGCCUAAACGAGAAGACGAACGCCGUUGGAGGGAGGUGUCAAAAACAUCAUCGCUUUUGUCUUUUUAUUUUUAUAUUUUCUACAAGCCUUAAAAGUACAGCGUGUACGCUGCUCUAUUGUAAAGUAUCUUUAUAUACAUAUCUGUAUCUACUUUAUUUGACUCCACAGAUGUUCGUGUCGAAGUUGUUUGUCAGUCAUCGAACGCAGGCAUUACGYUUUUUCUUUUCCGGAACAUGACUAAUUGCCAUUUGUUUGUUCAUUCUUAUGAUUAUGUAUUAAGAAUUUUAUUUGCUAGAAAGGAGCCAUUGUUGCUUGUACCUUUGUACACAUAUUUAUAUUUAAAUAAAACCCAUUUCCGAUAAAA